UCUCUGCUGGCGCCAUUGCCGCCCACGGACAGCAAUGUGCGUCUUCCUCCGAGCUUCCACAGUCGCACCGCAUCGCGUCAAAUCAAAAGUUGAAAUGCCGCCAAAACGCCACAUGCAUUCAUCCAAUUUUCUACUGUACGUAUGUCCGUAAUGGCGAUUUGAUUAGUUGGAAGGAUCGAGCAAUGAUUUUAGGCUCUCUCUUGAUUUUGAUUCUGGGUUUGAUAAUGGGGUUUGCCAUGUGGCAAGUGGGCUAUACUGUAAUCGCCGUAUAUAUUCCCCUUGUCCGUUGCGCUUAAGCUCCCACUAAAUAUACUUCCUCCUCCUCCUCCUUCCUCUUCGUCCAUCCAUCUAUCUUCUUCUUCUUCCUCUUCUCCGAUCCGCCAUUGCAUCGGCGCCGGCUUGCUUUUCCGGCCAGGCCACAGCUAGAGUCUGUUUCCCGCCACCACAGCUGUGCCGGCCACGAGGGGAUAAAGCUAGCCAGCUUUAACUUACAGCUGCAAAGCGCGCCAAUUCAGGGGGCGGCAUGCUGGGGGCGAGGAAAGGCGCCGCCACCGUCGAGCUGGGGUCGCUCACCAUGAGGAGGAAGGCCGCUGCUCCUCACCCGGCUGUGGUUCCGGUUGCGGCCGAGGAGGGGAAGAAGGCGCCGGCGGUGGGGGCGGGGAAGGUGGCGGCGGAGGAGGUGUGGGAGGUGCGGCCGGGCGGGAUGCUGGUGCAGAAGCGGGGCGCCGAGGAGGACGAGCCGGCGCCGGCGAGCGUGAAGCCCGUGCCCACCAUCCGGGUCAAGGCCAAGCUCGCCGGCAAGACCCACGAGAUCUACAUCACCGCGGAGGCCACGUUUGGCGACCUGCGGAAGCUGGUGGCGGAGCGCGCCGGCGCGCACCCGGAGGACCUGCGGACGCUGUACAAGGGCAAGGAGCAGGACCCCAAGGCGUUCCUCGACAUGGCCGGCGUCAGGGACCGCUCCAAGGUCGCCGUCGUCGACGACCCCGAGGCCCGCGCGCGCCGGCUGCUCGAGGAGCUCCGCCUCGGCAGCCUCCGCAAGGCCGCCGGCGCCGUCGCCGCUGUCGCCGCCGAGGUCGACAAGAUCGCGCCCAAGGUGUCGGCGAUGGAGGCGUCGGUGCGGAAGGGGGAGAGGGUCGCGGAGAAGGACGUGGCGACGGUGACGGAGCUGCUGAUGAACGAGCUGCUGAAGCUGGACGCGGUGGUCGCCGGCGGCGACGUGAAGGAGCAGAGGCGGGCGCAGGUGAAACGGGUGCAGAAGUACGUGGAGACGCUCGACGCCGUCAUGGCCAAGAACGCCACCAUCGCGCGCAAGCCCGCCGCCGCGGCGAAGAAGCAGCCAGCGCCACAGCCGCCAGCGCCGGCGAGGCAGCAGCAGCAGCCGCAGUCGCAGCGCCAGCGCCACCAACAGCCACCGCAGCAGCCUCCGCAGCAACAGCAGCCCCCGGCGCAGACGACGCGGUGGGAGAUGUUCGACCUGCUGUCCUCGCUCCCGACCACGUCCUCCUCCUCCUCCACCACCACCACCGACAGCUCCACCGCGUCCUCCGCCGGCGCGCCCCCGCCGCCCACCAACAGGCUCGACUGGAUGCUCUAGCUCCGAUCACCACCACCACCACCACCGCAACCACCACCCGAACCAGAGAAGCAAACGCAACAGAGGCUCGCGUGCGCCAAGAAUCGCCCGGCGAGACGAUGAUCGAAUCGGAUCAUUCACGUCCUGAUUAGUUCAUCAUCAUGGUACCACCACCAUACUGCCUGCCGCCAAGUCCUAGUUCAUCACCAUGUCAGUCAGUCAGAGAGAGGUGUCCAAAGUUUUUCUUUCUUUCUCCUUUUUUUCGUCUUCUUCUUCUUCUUCUGCGUCCGUCGUCAUGAAAAUGUCUGAUACUGCUACAAAUUCUUUGGUGUGCAUACUCUGAGAAGGAAACAGUCGGUCAACAAAAACUAGGGGAUGUAAAAUGUAAUGUGUUCAGCUGAGUUGAGUUGAGUUCAGAUCACUGGGAAAUAAGUCAGAGCUUGGAGUUGUGUCCA